CCAGCCGCUCGGCGCUCGCUGGGCUGGGCAUCGGCCCGCGGCGGGUCCCGCGCUUCCUUCCCGCCCGGGGCUGGAGAUGUGGAUGCUGGCGCGAAGAUGGAUUUAGUGUACGGGCUGGUCUGGCUGCUGACGGUGCUGCUGGAGGGGAUCUCCGGCCAAGGGGUGUACGGCCCACCCACAGUGCGGAUUGUGCACUCAGGCCUGGCGUGUAACAUCGAGGAGGAGCGCUACUCGGAGAGGGUAUACACCAUCCGCGAGGGGGAGACUCUGGAGCUCACCUGCUUGGUGACUGGCCAUCCUCGGCCACAGAUCAGGUGGACGAAAACAGCAGGAAGUGCCUCUGACCGAUUUCAAGACUCGAGUGUCUUCAAUGAAACUCUGAGGAUUACAAAUAUCCAGCGACACCAAGGAGGCCGUUACUACUGCAAGGCGGAGAAUGGUUUGGGUUCCCCAGCUAUAAAGUCAAUCCGAGUGGAUGUGUACUAUUUAGAUGACCCGAUAGUGACAGUUCACCAGAGCAUCGGGGAAGCAAAAGAACAGUUUUACUAUGAGAGAACAGUGUUUCUCAGGUGUGUUGCUAACUCCAACCCACCUGUACGGUACAGCUGGAGACGUGGCCAAGAGGUAUUACUGCAAGGGUCGGAUAAAGGAGUUGAAAUCUAUGAACCCUUCUUUACCCAGGUAGGAAUCAAGGGGGAAACAAAGAUAUUGAAACUAAAGAAUCUUCGGCCUCAGGACUAUGCUAAUUACAGCUGCAUUGCUUCAGUGAGGAGUGUGUGCAACAUCCCUGACAAGAUGGUGUCUUUCAGACUCUCCAAUAAAACAGCGUCUCCAUCAAUUAAGCUCCUGGUGGACGACCCCAUCGUGGUGAACCCCGGCGAGGCCAUCACCUUGGUCUGUGUGACGACGGGAGGCGAGCCGGCACCCACUCUUACCUGGGUGAGAUCCAUUGGAGCCCUGCCUGAAAAAACUGGGCUGAACGGCGGGACCUUGACGAUCCCGGCCGUGGCUUCGGAUGACGCCGGCACGUACAGCUGCAUUGCCAAUAAUAACGUGGGGAACCCUGCAAAAAAGUCCACCAACAUCAUUGUAAGAGCCUUAAAAAAAGGCCGGUUUUGGAUCACGCCUGACCCCUAUCACAAAGACGACAACAUCCAGAUUGGGCGUGAGGUGAAAAUCUCCUGCCAGGUGGAAGCUGUUCCUUCUGAGGAGCUCACAUUCAGUUGGUUUAAAAACGGACGCCCAUUGCGUAGCUCAGAAAGGAUGGUCAUCACCCAGACUGACCCUGAUGUUUCCCCUGGCACCACCAACCUGGACAUCAUCGACUUGAAAUUCACUGACUUUGGAACGUACACCUGCGUGGCAUCCCUGAAAGGCGGUGGUAUAUCCGAUAUCAGCAUUGAUGUCAACAUAUCCAGCAGUACAGUUCCGCCCAAUCUGACUGUUCCACAAGAAAAAUCACCUUUAGUCACCCGGGAAGGAGACAUUAUAGAACUACAAUGCCAGGUGACCGGAAAGCCCAAACCUAUCAUUCUUUGGUCCAGAGCUGAUAAGGAGAUUGCAAUGCCAGAUGGAUCCAUGCAGAUGGAGAGCUAUGAUGGAAUACUGAGGAUAGUGAAUGUGUCAAGGGAGAUGACAGGAACAUACAGAUGUCAGACCAGUCAGUACAAUGGAUUUAAUGUGAAACCCAGAGAAGCAUUGGUGCAGCUCAUUGUGCAGUAUCCUCCUGCUGUGGAACCAACGUUUCUGGAGAUUCGACAGGGCCAGGGUCGAAGCAUCACUAUGAGUUGCCGGGUGCUGAGAGCGUAUCCAACUCGGGUUCUGACAUAUGAGUGGAGACUAGGCAACAAGUUGCUGCGGACUGGUCAGUUUGAUGCUCACGAUUCUACAGAGUACAUAGUGAGCAGCCUUUCCAGGGACAGUUAUGGGAUUUAUAAUUGUAACAUCAUAAAUGAAGCCGGGGCAGGCCGAUGCAGCUUCCUCGUUACAGGCAAAGCCUAUGCCCCCGAGUUCUACUACGACACCUACAGUCCCCUCUGGCAGAACAGACCCCGUGUUUACUCCUACAGUCUGCAGUGGACUCAAAUGAACCCGGAUGCUGUGGACCGCAUCCUUGCAUAUCGUUUAGGGAUUAGACAGGCUGGACAACAGCGUUGGUGGGAACAGGAGAUCACGGUAAACGGAAACAUUCAGAAAGGAGAGUUAAUUACAUACAACCUGACUGAGCUGAUCAAGCCAGAGGCCUAUGAAGUCCGCCUAACUCCCAUCACCAGAUUUGGGGAGGGAGAUUCAACCAUUCGUGUCAUCAAAUAUAGUGCUCCAGUCAAUCCGCACUUAAGAGAGUUUCACUGUGGAUUUGAAGAUGGCAACAUAUGUCUAUUCACUCAAGAUGAUACGGAUAAUUUUGACUGGACGAAACAAAGCACUGCCACCAGGGACACAAAAUAUACCCCAAACACUGGACCCAACGCAGACCGAAGUGGCUCCAAAGAAGGUUUCUACAUGUACAUUGAAACUUCACGCCCGAGGCUGGAAGGAGAAAAGGCCAGACUUCUUAGUCCCUUUUUCAGUGUAGCCCCUAAAAACCCUUAUGGAGUCACCAACACUGCAUAUUGUUUUAGUUUCUACUAUCACAUGUACGGACAGCACAUAGGAAGCUUGAAUGUUUACCUGCGGUUAAAGGGACAGACCACGAUAGAAAAUCCAGUAUGGUCUUCAAGUGGGAAUAAGGGACAACACUGGAACCAGGCCCGUGUUAAUAUACACCCCACCACUUCAUUUCAGCUCAUUUUUGAAGGGAUCCGAGGUCCUGGCAUAGAAGGUGAUAUUGCUAUUGAUGAUGUAUCAAUUGUGGAAGGAGAGUGUAUGAAAGCAGACCAGCCAGCCAACAAUUUACGAGCAGGUGCUGUUGGGACAUUAGCACAUAUAUGGCUUUUUCCAGUGAUCCUCCUCAUGUCUGUCUUAAGUCAUCAAAGGUGACCUUAUCCUGGCAGAGGCUAUGAAAGAUUCACCAGGCAUUGGCAUGAAGAAAGAGUCUUUGUAAAAUGGACAUUUAAAAACAAACUACCAAAGAUUCCUCCACUGACUGACUCAAAACAUUAAAAUAAAUAAAUAAAUAAAAAUUAAAAAAAAAAAAAGCACUGGGGAUAAAAGGCAUCAUGGGAGCGUAACUGGCUCUGAACCACAUGUGAAAAGCGAGCUGGCGUAAAAGAGACCUUCAGGUGCUUUUGUGGUCUAUAAGAAAUACGGCGUCAUCUGGUUGAACUCUGAAAAAAAGACCUAUAGAAAUCCUUGUCAAAGCACAAAGUCAUGGCUGGUUUUGUUUCAAAUGAAUAGUUUGCUUGUUACCAUGGAAACCUAAUGGCCUGCCAAAAAAAGAGAGUGAGCGAGAGAGAGAAACAACACCUCACUGUAAACAGGGUAUAUGAAGAGCUGGCGUUUAUUUUCCCUUCAAGAAGGUUUUUAGUAUAGAAUUCAAUAAAUGUAGGCCCUUUCACCUUUGGGUGUCACCUCCCCUAGAAAAUAACCCUCGAUCAAAGAUGUUUAAGACAUUUAUGUUUCAUUUUUUCAUGGCUAUGCUAGAUAACUGUAUGCUGUCUCCUUUUGCAUGCAUUAUUAUCCAGGGUGUGUAACCUGGGAUUACAUAUGACACGGGCUUAAACGAGUUUGCUUGCAGCCACUUCAACACCCUUCCUCCCCAGCUAAGUCAUCCGUUCCAAUGAAGUGAAGAAACCAAACCACCGUCUUUUAUAAAUUGCCAUGGAAACCAAGUGCCUUCAAUGAAACAAGCCUGAUUAAAAACAAACAAAAUCAACACAGAAGCUUGCGCUGCUAAAAUGUGGUUUGUGCAAACUGUUUUCUAAACAAACCACAGAGCCGAAGUGUGCAAACAGCAGGCAAGGAGACAAAGCCGCUUCUGGAGAAGGAUGGACCAAAGUUGCUGCGUAAGACCCUUUCAGACGAGAUACUCCAGACGGCCAUGGCCUUUCAGCUUAUUAUCCAUUAGAAAAUAGCUUCCUUUGGUCCUGGACACGGGAGCAGUACUUCUUUCUCCAGAUGCUCAAGUGGGUCACCAGAGAAACAGGUUGUUAAGAUGUACUUAGUGCAGCAGCUGGUAAAACACAAAAGGGAUUGUCUUACUCUAACCUCCAUUUGAAAAGAAAUUGGCCCGAGCUUUAGAGAGACGAGAAGGUGUGUGUGUGCGAUUGCAGUGCAUACAAAAUAACACAAAAAGGGGGCCGCCAACGCACAGGGGGGCCUGCAAAUCUGGCUUUAUUCAAAACAUGGAUGGUAUAAUGCCUCUGCCCGUUAGUCAGACUCUCUGCAGAUUGUGAAACAUUAUUUUAGCAUAAUUAAAAAAAGACACUUUUACAAAAAAAAAAACAAAAAACAAAAAACAACAACCUGUAAAAAUGAUUUUGAGCUACCUGAGUACCUACCAUACCUUUAACCGGCCAGUUUUCCAAUGCAUUGUAAAUUUCCCUUAUACAGUGGGUUAUGAAAAUUUGAAGACCUUUUCCCUUAAAUUAUCUCCGCUUUUAACUUCAUUUAAAAAAGACUUUUGUCUCAAGAUGAUGAUGAUGAUUUUAUGAUGUGUUCAACACCCUAGGAUUAAAAACCUGAUAUGCAAGUAAUUGGGAUACAAAUAUUAAAAACAACAACGACAAAAUAUAACAUUUGCAAAUAUUAAUAUAAAAAGCACAACAAGAUGCAGUAAAACAAUUACAAGGCUUGAUUUUUUUUUAUUCUGUAGAAAAAUGUUUGUGCAAAUUCAGUAAUUCAACUGAAGAGAUAAUUUUACAGCUAUGUUCAAUAAAGCCUCUUUCCAGGUAAGGUA